AUGCAGGAACGUCUCGGUAUUGAUACCACGGACUUCAUGAGAUUGCUCCCUGCGGCUGAGAGAGAACACGUGGAGAAAGUACACAAGGUUCAGAAGGUGUACUAUGGUGCCACUCCAGGGCUCCUUAAAUUGGCUGGCGAGGUACUUUCGGUUGUGGAUGAAAUCGAGCGCAUCGACCGUGCCAUUCACAAGGCGUAUUUCAUUUGUAAAGCCAUCAUGGAGGAGACAGAAAACAGAGUUGUCGGACGACUUUUCCUGGAUGAGGCUUUCAACGGUUCGAACGAAGAUCUUUCAUCUGUGAUCAACAGUAUCUACGAGCUCCGCACGGAUUCAAGGGAUGCAGUCAACAGCAUUGAUGGAGUGAAGGAUGAUCUCGCGGAGAUCUUGGAAGAGGAGGGUGGAGCGAAGAAGGACUUGCUGAAUUUGCAAGAGUUCGUCUCGGUGUUCUUCAAAGCAAAAGAGAUGUUGGUUUGCCGGAUCGAGAAGUUCAACGCGGAUAGGGAAGUACUUGUACGUGCCUUACCGUUUGAUGUCUACGUGCGGGAUCUGGAUGCUCUCAGCUAUACCGAUGAGGAGCUUUAUUAG